AUGCUCACCAAAAAGAGCUUCCUUUUGUCGAUCAUUGGUAGCUUUCUGUUCGCAAGCUCAGCAGCGACCUUUUUGUCUAUGCUAGCUCUUGUUCUAACAGGAGAAUAUCGUUCGCCUUCAAGAGCCUUUAUGAUACUUGCCUUCAUGAAAACUCUUCGUUCAGUGUCUCUCAGGCUGGCUGAUGGUGCCCCACUAGCAUUCGAGUUAUUCGUCUCCUUUCAAAGAAUAGAGAGAUUUCUCCUUUUAAAUAACGUAGCCCUGGAUCCCGUAGACUACAAUGACGGCGCAAGCAAUCAAUUAUUGAUCCGAAAGUCAUGCCCCAAAGACCGCUGUAUAAGUCAAAGGGUUUCCUUACAUGACGGUGAUGAGCAGCCACUGGCAAGAAAACUACGGGAUGAAAGUUUAUCAGUUUCGAAUCUUACCUGUAAAUCAGGUGACAAGUAUCUUCUUCGAGAUGUCAGUUUUGAUUCAUCUCACAGAAGGCUAACUGUAAUCACUGGUCAAGUUGGCAGUGGAAAAUCAACCCUGCUGGCCGCCAUUGCUGGUGAGGCGGCCAAAACACGUGGUAGUGUUCUAUGCCCUGGAAAUGUAUCUUACGUCCCACAAAGUGCCUGGCUCUUUUCUGGAACAUUCAGAAAAAACAUAUUAUUUGGCGAGCCAUAUGAUAAACAGAAGUACGCCGAAGUUAUUGACGCCUGCGCACUGAGAGAGGACGUCGGGAGAUUUCCAAAUAGCGACCUAACAUUCGUUGGUGAACAAGGUGUUACACUCAGUGGCGGUCAGCGUGCACGCGUUAGUUUGGCACGCGCAGUGUACGCUGAUGCAGACGUGUAUCUGUUGGAUGACCCUCUAAGUGCCGUGGACGCGAAAGUCUGCGAACACAUAUUUAAUCAAUGCAUUUGCAAAUUACUGCAGAAUAAAAUUACGAUUUUGGUGUCAUAA